AUUGCAGUAUUUACUUCAGUCUGUUCACGGAUCUCUCAGCCACCAUGUCUUUCCUCGGCAAAACCUACACCUUCGUCAGCCACGAGAACUUUGACGGGUUCCUGAAAGCCGUCGGUGUUCCCGAAGACAAGAUCCCAAUCUUCCUGAAGAGCAAGCCCAGCCAGCGUCUGGAGAAGAACGGUGACUCCUACACUUACUACACCAACUCUGAGUCUGGUCCCAAGGAAACCACCUUCAAGUCUGGAGUCGAAUUUGACGACACCAUUGGAGUUGAUAACACCCCCAUCAAGAGCAAAUAUGUGGUUGAAGGCAACAAGGUGACACAGACCAUCGUCACAGACAAGGGAACCGCCUCAUUUGUCCGUGAAUACAACGGCGAUGACCUUAAUGUGACCAUUACCUCCAGCCUGUGGGACGGUGUUGCCAAGCGCGUCUACAAGGCUUAAGUUUAAGAGUUUAGUUAUGGUUUAAUUUAUUUUUGAUAUUAAACAUUUUUAUAAAAU